AUGCGUUUCUCAGCCAUCGUUCCCGCCACUCUUUUCGCCUUGGCUUCCGCCGCUCCAGUAGAGGAAGUCAAGCGUGCCGCCUCUUCUUCUUGCCCCUCAUACACCAUCAUCAACACCCGCGGUACUGGUGAACUCCAAGGCGAAUCUGCUGGGUUCCGUACAAUCAACUCCCGCGUCCGCGCUGCUGUCUCCGGCGGCAAGACCUACAACACUGUUUACACUGCCGACUUCUCCCAGAACAGUGCCGCGGGUACACGAGACAUUAUCAACAAGAUCACUACUACACUGAGCACUUCACCAAAUGAAUGCUUCAUCCUUGAGGGCUACUCUCAGGGUGCUCAGGCCACCGUCAACGCCAUGUCUCAGUUGACGGGCGCCAAGUUCGAUGCUGUAAAGGGUGUCUUCCUCAUCGGUGACCCAGCACACAAGUCUGGAUUGGCGUGCAACGUGGACAACAACGGUGGCACCACGACCAAGAACGUCAAUGGACUUUCCGCAGCACUUGGAGGAGGCAUCCCAUCCAACUGGGUUGCCAAGACGCUCGAUGUUUGCAUCUUCGGUGACGGUGUAUGCGACACUACACACGGUGCGGGUAUCAAUGCUCAGCAUCUUCAGUACCCCAACGAUGCCCCUACCCAGAAACUGGGCACUGACUACAUUACCAAGGCCCUUGGUGCUUAG